CAAAACCCUGUCCGACCAGGCGUAUACUUGAUUUGCGAGUGUAAACUUUUGUGCGAAACGAAUUUCAACAAUAUGGCGGCCAGCAAAGUACCCGACUGGAUAAAUGCGGAAAUAUUUGAAGAUGUUCUCAAGUCAACGGUGCCUGGCUAUUCCAAAGUGAAGACCUUCAAGGCUGACAGUGGCUCUGCCGCGGGAGAAAACUACGCAACGAUCAUGCUGCGUGUCAACAUCGAAGUGGAGCUGGAAGAUGGAAAAGCCAAGGAUGUCUCGUACAUGGUGAAGCUGCCCCAUCAGCUUGAGUUUUACCAGGAAAUGAUGAAGAAGACCAACAUUUUCGACACUGAACGCUUGAUGUACAAUGACGUUGUGCCCGAGAUGGAGGCGCUGUACAAGGCAGUGGGUGUAGAUUUGAUUUUCGGUGCCAGGAGCUACGAUUUCAAAGGAGCCAAGAGCGAUUAUGUUCUGUUGGAGGAUCUGAGCAUAAAGGGAUUCAAAAAUGCUAACCGUCUGGAGGGAUUGGAUCAGACGCACACGGAAAGAGUUCUGAAGAAGUUGGCCCAAUGGCAUGCGGCCUCGGCCGUGCGUGUGGCCACGAAGGGCUCAUAUCCGGAGAUGCUUACCAUGGGCUUCUUCAAGGAGGAAAGCAAGCCCAUGAUGACCGAAAUGAUUAAUGGAAUGAUGGCGAGAUUCCUCAAGGUCUGUGUUACCUUCGAGGGCCACGAGGAGUGGAUAGAACAGAUUAAAGCACUUAUUCCCGCAUCCAUAGAUGAAAUGUACAAAAUGGCCAAGAUCGAUCCCCAAGAGUUUAAUGUUCUGAACCAUGGAGACUCUUGGUCCAAUAACAUAAUGUUCCAAUACGAUGCCUUCGGUACGAUUAAGGAGGUGUAUCUUGUGGAUUAUCAGAUUCCCAAGUACGGCACAGUGGCCCAGGAUCUGUUGUACUUCCUGCUUUCGUCCACCAGACUGGAGGAUAAGCUGAGCAAAUUCGAUUACUACAUCAAGUUCUACCACGACAGUCUGAUCGAGAACUUGAAGAUCCUCAAGUACACGAAACCCUUGCCCACGUUGCGAAGCAUUCACUUGGCCCUAUUGAAAUAUGGAGUUUUCGGUUACUCCGUUGUAACUGGAGUUAUGAGUGCAGUUCUGUUGGAUCCUACGGAGAAUGCCAGCUUUGAGAACUUCGUGGGCGACAGUGCGGCCGGGGAGGCCUUCCAGUUGCAGUUGUACACCAAUCCUCGCUACCGCAAGCAUAUCCAGGCUAUCCUACCCUGGCUCCUCAAUCGUGGGGCCUUGGAGAUCAGUGCUCCCACAAGCCAAUGACAAUUUACACAAUUUAUGCCCGUUGUGCGAUAGAAUUUAACGCAACCGACCGACCGUGUGAUAAUGCUGAUAAUGAUAUCUGUUUUUUUUGAUAAUGUGCACACACAAGUAUUAAUAAAAACUAAAAUUAUUCUCCAAACCUAAA